UCACACUCCAGCCGCGCCGCUCGCUCUGCCGGCUCGGCACCGGGAGCCGGGCUGCGCUGGCCGCGAGCGGCUCCGGCCGGUCCCCUGCCGGCUGCGGGCUAUGCCCCUUCCCCCAGCCCGCGCCGGAGCCGCCGGCAGGAGCCGCCGCCCGAGGUUCCCAGAGACGCUGGCAGUUGCCCUGUGCUCACCUGAGUGAACUGGCAGAGGAUGGAAGUGGCUGGCAGCAGCUUGGCGAAGGGUUCUCCUCUGGAAACUGGAGUGCAACAGCCGCAAAGAUGGAGAAUACAAAUGCCCUCAGCCUGAGCAGCCCUGUGCCAGGGCCUGCCACACGUGGAUCUGUAGCCUGAUAGCACAGGGCCUGUUUCCGGAGUGGGUGAGCGCCCGGCUCAGCCACAACAGGCCGCUCCUGUUAAGAUCUCUCAUGAAACUUAAUGCAAAGGUGCUCGCUCUGCUGUCCUGCAAACUACAGGUGCAGCCUUCUCUGCCCCCACAGGGAGAGCCCUGCCGCAGGCAGAAGAACCCCCCUCUCUGCUUGCUGAAGUGUCCCCAGGGUGGCAUAUGGGGAGAGCAGAGGGGGGGAUAAAUGGUCUUUUGACCCCUGGCUCCCAAGGAACUGCAGCCACCAGCCCAGCCACGGAGCAGCGCAGCCCUGGGUCGCUGGCGAAUCGGGCACGCGAGCGCUGAUGGGAAAGCACUAGUUGUCUGGCCACACAGAGUCUCUGAGGGGGCCCAGGCUGUAGCCUCUUCCAGGCAGAAAGCUUGACUGUUCUCUCCUUGCUCAGCCCGAUGCCAGGAGCCGAGGAUGCUGGUCGCUUGUUGCUGUCAGCAGAAUGCCUGGGACCUUGGCAGACGUAACUCCUAGCCCACAGGCACCCUGAGGAGCCUGACUGCCUGGAGUGAGGUCUCGGCGGGGAUGGGUAAGCUGCCCCAUCCGGGCUGGUGAGCCCCACAGUGGUGGUGUCGGGCCCCUUCCUGCUCCCCAAAGGAUGUCAGCGUCCUCUCUGAAAGCCACUCUCCAUGCAGCCUCCCGGUGCGCAGUAGUGAUGGCUCUGCCAGGCUUCUCGUGGACCGUAUUUCUGCUACUCUGCACCCUGGAGCAGCUGGGGGCCCUGGCCAUUCACACGGAGGCUGGGAGGCCGGGCCUGGAGCAGUCAGGGGACAGCAUGCUGCUGGCAGGCGGACGUGUGAAGCGCGGCUGGGUGUGGAACCAGUUCUUUGUGGUUGAGGAGUACACGGGCACGGAGCCGCUGUACGUGGGAAAGAUCCACUCGGACUCAGAUGAGGGGGACGGGUCCAUCAAGUACACCAUCUCCGGGGAGGGCGCAGGAACCAUCUUCCUCAUUGAUGAGGUCACAGGCGACAUCCAUGCCACCGAGCGCCUGGACCGGGAGCAGAAGACGUUCUACACGCUGCGGGCACAGGCCCGGGACCGCCAGACCAACCAGCUGCUGGAGCCUGAGUCUGAGUUCAUCAUCAAGGUGCAGGACAUCAACGACAGCGAGCCCCGUUUCCUGGAGGGGCCCUACAUAGGCAGCGUGGCCGAGCUGUCCCCCAUAGCCUGGAGGCCUGUGGGAUCAUUACUGCCCCCUGUAUCUAGGGGCUCACUGGGCAGGGGCUGCUGGUACCAGGUUGGGUGCCCACCUUCCGUUGCAGGCUCAGCCCCUGCUGUGUUUAGCUUCCACGAACCUGGCUGUUCCCGGGCUCCAAGGAGAGAAGGCACAUCCGUGAUGAAGGUGAUGGCAUCAGAUGCCGAUGACCCCACGUACGGCAGCAGUGCCAGGGUGGUGUACAGUGUACUGGAAGGGGAGCAGCACUUCACAGUGGACAGUAAAACAGGUGUGAUCCGGACGGCAGUGGCAAAUCUGGACAGAGAAACUCAGGACCGGUAUGAAGUGGUGAUCCAAGCCACGGACAUGGCAGGGCAGCUGGGUGGCCUGUCUGGAUCCACCACGGUCACAAUUGUGAUCACAGAUGUCAACGACAACCCUCCACGAUUCCCACAGAAGAUGUACCAGUUCAGUGUUGUGGAGACUGCCCUUGUGGGCUCUGCGAUUGGGAGAGUGAAGGCGGAGGAUUCGGAUGUGGGGGAGAACACAGACAUGACGUACCAGAUCAAAGAUGAGGACGGGGUGCAGAUGUUUAAAGUCACCACAGACAGCAACACCCAGGAGGCGAUCAUCACCGUGCAGAAGCCCCUUGACUACGAGGCCAAGACGGUUCACACGGUGGUGGUGGAGGCCCUGAACAAGUUUGUGGACCCAAGGUUUGUAGAUCUGGGCACGUUCCGAGACCAAACCAUUGUGCGGGUCUCUGUGCUGGAUGUGGAUGAGCCCCCGGAGUUCCAGCCCCCCUCUGACCUGAUGGAAGUCCAGGAGGAUGCCUAUGUUGGCUCUGUGGUAGGAGUGGUCACCGCCCUGGACCCCGAUGCUGCAAACAACCCUGUCCGAUACGCCAUCGAUCGCAACACUGACCUGGAGAGGAUCUUUGACAUUGAUGCAAACACAGGCGCCAUUGUGACAGGCAAAGUCCUGGAUCGGGAGACGGCAGGGUGGCACAACAUCACGGUCCUGGCAAUGGAAGCAGACAAUCAUUCUCAGGUGUCUAGAGCAUCUCUGCGUAUCCGAAUCCUGGACGUGAACGACAACCCACCCGAGCUGGCGACGCCGUACGAGGCUGCGGUAUGUGAAGAUGCCAAGCCCGGCCAGCUAAUUCAGACAAUAAGUGUCGUGGACCGUGACGAGCCUCAGAGUGGCCAUCACUUCUACUUCACGCUGGCCCCAGAAGCCACCAACAACCACCACUUUUCUCUGCUGGAUAUCCAGGACAACACGGCCGCAGUGCACACGCAGAGAGUGGGCUUUAAUCGCCAGGAGCAGGACAUUUACUUCCUUCCCAUUCUGGUGGUGGACAGUGGGCCUCCCGCCCUGAGCAGUACGGGGACUCUGACCAUCCGGGUGUGUGGCUGCGACAGCACAGGGGCCAUCCAGUCCUGUAACAGCACAGCCUACGUCAUGUCUGCAGCACUGAGCCCUGGAGCUCUCAUCGCACUCUUGGUUUGCAUCCUCAUCCUGAUCGUGCUGGUUCUCCUAAUCCUCGCUCUGAAGCGACACCACAAGAGCCACCUGACCUCAGAGGAGGAUGAGGACAUGAGAGACAAUGUCAUCAAGUACAAUGAUGAGGGGGGUGGGGAACAGGACACAGAGGCCUACGACAUGUCAGCCCUACGCAGCCUCUAUGACUUCAGUGAGCUCAAAGGCAGCGACGGCGGGGGAGGGCCGGGAGACGGGGGCAUGACUAGUAACCUGCCCUCCGAGCUCCAUGCCCUCCCACAGUGGUUCCAGAAUCCAGACCUGGACUUCUCCAUGUUCAGAGGCUACAUCAGCAGAAAGGUGGAUCAGGCGGACGAGGAUCUGUCUGUCCCACCAUAUGACUCGUUCCAAACCUACGCCUUUGAGGGCUCAGACUCCCCCGUUCCGUCCUUGAGCUCCAUCAACACCUGGUCCACCAGCUCAGAACAGGACUUCUCCUAUCUGAGCAGCUGGGGGCCACGCUUCCGGCAGCUGGCAGCUCUCUACGCCGGGCAUAAAGGUGAGGAGGAGAGCGAAGAAUCCUAGCCACAAUUAACCAAAAACCCACAACGAGAUGGAGAAAACGAUUUCCGAACUUGGGGAUUCUCCAGGCUUCCCAUGUCUUCGAGGGCUGCUGCGGAAGUAAGCUCAGGUCAAACAAUAAGGACAAUAUGUCAUCCAGAUAACAGAGUCCCUCCACUACCCACCCUGGUAUGGAAGGAGAGGCAUCAAGGACCAUUUUGGACAGGGCGAGCGAUGGCUUUAUGAUGUGCUCUUUGUUAGCCGCCUCUUAUUAGAGGCUCUGUAGCACACACAUAACAAGGCUGAAGUGCCCAAAGGAGCUGUUGUUACCAUCCUAAUCACUUCCAUACCAAUGUCCAUUAAAGCACUCCAUGUUAAUUUAAGAAAGAGAAAAUCUAAUGCAAGAAAAUUCGGACAGGGUUUUCCUCCACAAAUUAUCAUUUAAAUCGAUCUGUUCAAUGAGCCCAGUUAAAGAGAGGAGAAAGAGGAGCCUUUUGUUGUCUAAAUUGUUUUUGUCACUUGAUUCAGAGCAUUUGAUGUGCUUUGAUUUUUUUAAGAGCUUUCCUUGGAGAGUGAAACAAGCUUUUAACUUUCAUUCUGUUUUUCUCCCCCUUAUAUUCACUGACUUUUCUGAGUCUCUUUCUUCUUUCCGUGUAUUUCAGUUCCUCUAGUUGUGGCGAGCUGGUGUUUCUCUGCAGAAUCCCAGCUGCUUACAAUCAGUGGAGCAGUUUACAUUUGCUGAGUUUUGGAGGUCCUGGGUGCUAGUUCCUAGGUCAGGUCCUUUAAAGAGGGAUUUUUACACUAGGGUCAAACAUACUUUGCUUCCGAACUGGGCUUGAGUUUCCACCUCAUGGUUUUUAUUAGAAUUGCCCUGUCCAUUUUUGCCAUGUAUCACAGAUACUUAUGUUUAUGCCAACAUCUACCCCUCCUGCUUAAUCAACAAUGAAGUCAUUGUUCUGAGGUUCUGGCAUCCCAAUGAUCCCUAUGGUAACAAACUGUGAUGUCACUAAUACAGGAUUAUGACUAUGUGGCUGGACUGUGGGCAGUGAAGCUGAAAUGUGAAGGAGGAAACUCUCUGAGCCUGUGUUGUAGAGGGAAUGCAGAGCUUCCUUAAAGACAGCGCUUUCUGUGGGAAGUUCUCAGCCAGCCCGGGGCCUGAUGUCUCGGGUUCGUAUGGGUUGCAGUGUACACUCUCACAGGCACAGCACUUCAGCCAGCUUGCUGCAGCAUCCCCAAAGGAGGUAGCCUGGAUGGCUGAGAAGGGAAUGAGCCUCUUCGGCCUGUUCAGUUCUUGAGCCACAUUCUGCAACCAACAAGAGUGGCAAGUAGUGCCAGCUGCAUUUGUGGGUGUGGGAGGUGGAUGCGCUCCCCAGCAGGCACAGGCCUGACAACACCAACAACUCAUUUCACCUCAGCCACUGAAUAUCGGUCAGCUGAUCACAGCCUUUGAUGACAAGUCCACCCCAGCUCUGGGAUCAGGCCUUGUGGAGGUGCCAGACACCACGCACCAUCAGCAAAGCCAAGCCAUGCAAUCCCCUAAACCCAACGUUUGUUUUUUGUUUUGGUUUGGUUUGGUUUUUUUUUGGCAAAUUUGCCCUCAAGUGAAAGUCCCUUCAGGUUUCCACAGAAGUGGCUGACAGAAGGAUUCUGUUUAUAUUUCAGGGCGAGAGCAGGGGGCUUUAGGAAAAAUUACCAGAGAAUGUGAGCCAUCGGUCCCCCGAGUACCAGGAAACAUAGUACGGUUAAUUCGGAGCUGCCUGGCAAAGAGCAGUGCUGGACCGUGAGAAGUGGGGUCAAUGAGGUGGGAAAGCACAGGCUGUCCAAAUGCCGUGGUCCACGAAAUGGCAUUUGAGGGACAUGCUGAGUAUCCCAGGGACGUCUUCAGAUUGGUGACAUUCUCAGAGUAAAUCCCAGCUAACGUUUCGGAGUCCUGUUCAGCAGGGCACAAAAGCAGCUUCUUGUGCAGCUCUGGCUACAGCAGCUUCUUAUCGGCUGAUGUGGGAAAAAUCAAUGUCGUAAUUGAUACAUAACUGAUAAGGCCUCCCAAGGUUUGUCAUAGUCACUGGGUUUGUCCUCAUAGCCUAGCCACAGUCAGUGUUUUCUAUCCCAGUUGCCAGUUCCUUGGAGACUGUGUUUGAUAUAAAUGUAUGUGCAUGUUCAUUUUAUGCUGUGUUCUGUUUUCCAGCAGUUUGUAUUGCCCUGAGCUGCAGAGGAAGCCCCAUGCUGUGGUUUGGGGACAGGCUAGAAGGACAUGUUAGAAAAAGAAUACUCUCUGCCUGUUGUUCCUGCGACAACAGGUUCCCCCUCCCCUGCUGCAGCCACUCACGGCUCACGUGCCCUUGAGCAUCUGUCUCCCCAGCUCAGGUGUUUUUGGGAGACUCUCCCAAGCCAGCCAGAACUCAGCAUUUAAACUUUGAACAAGCAGAGUUGCUCGUCUCUCUGGGUCUCAGUAUGGCUGCAAAGGCUGGGGGAGCAGCCCCUAUCUUGGAAUCUGUGCAAGUCUCUCAUGUCCUGGAUGCCACAUGUUGUCUUGUUAGACCUUUACUAUGAUUUUCCCCUACUGAUGUUAGAGAAGCAGCCAGAUAAAUGGCCUGUUUCGUUUACCAGGCAAUCAGAAAGGCUUUACUCGGUAGCUGUUCCUCCUGCCCCCAAAGCACUGCCUUUGAGCAUGCUCAGUCACUCCCAGACAAUGCCACCAAUCCAGGAGUAAGAAAGUGGAGAAAGGCCUCUCUUUCCUCAGGAACUUUUUUGUGUUUUCCCUUUGAGACAAUGAACCAUUCUGCCCAAUCCCCUGCUGAACUGGCCUUUGCUCUAGGAAGGGCCUCAUGCAAUUGCCAGGGAUUGUCUAGCAGAGGAUGCAGUCUAACAGGGUAUGUACUCUGAAUUACCAAACUGGCUUCCAGUUGUGCAUCCUGGACCAGCCAACCCCUCCCCAACACACACAACCUCUUCUGCAUUUUUAUUUUUAAUUCCAUCUGUAAAUGCAAUGGUCUGGAACAGCCCAGCUCAGCUUCUGUCUGGGAUCUGGCUGCAGAGGUGCCUAGGCAACACUGCUGGCUUCACUCCCACACCACACUGUGCCCAUGAGCACCCCCUACAGGAAGGAGCUGGCAGACUGUUUGGAUGUUUGAUGGCGUCACAUUGCUUUUUUCCCUCUAUCCAAACAAAAUCAGGAGGUUGAUUUUCUCAUCCUUGUUAUUUUGUCAAGGUCUUUUUAGGACCUGGAAAUAAAUUAUUUCCUUGUCGUCUA